ACACAAUCAUAUUGAAGCUACUUUGAAGCUCUAAUGCUUGUGAGAAAAUUGCAUGUUAGAACUUGUGUACAGAAUAGUAUUAAUAUAGAAAAGAUUCAUAAUCUUGUUUAUUUAAAGACCAGCACGGGGCAACAUGAAGGUAAUUUGUGACUUUUCCACACUUCCUAAUUCUAGUGUCUGACAUACGCUUUUUGCAUUACUUAAAUUGCAAUUUUUGUGUGUGAGUGCCACCAUAAGUAAGACAUGGGUAUAUAUUUAGUUUCAUACCAUAAAGUUAAGGCAGCUAAAUGUGAAAAAAGAACCCCAAACUUAAUUUAAACAAAAGUGAGCUUUCAAGUCAGUGAAUUUGUCAGAAGCUGUUCUGAAUGUACUUUUCUGUAGGAAUGAGAUUAGUUCAAUUGCAGUACUAAAGGCCUGGAACCAAAUGUUUUGCAUUUCUGCUGAGCUGGACAGAUGUGGUCCAAAUUCACAAAUGCUGGGCUGAUGGACAUACUUACAGUGAUCAAAGCAAAAAUGUGCAUUUAUAUGUGUGGCAGAUCAAACCACUCUACUGAAAGAGCCCUGGGUUUUUAUUGCCCUGCUGUCUACUCCAUUUUCUUACGGAAACAAAAUCUGUCCAACAUGGACAUGUGUAUGUUCUACAAAAACUUCAGAAGGCAUGCAAGAUCAAGGAACUAUGUGUCAGAAUCUGAAGUGUGCAAGCUGGAAUCUGUACCCUUGGAUUUUGGUGAUUACCAUCCACUGAAACCCAUUACAGUUACUGAAUCCAAGACAAAGAAGAUGAACAGGAAGGGAAGUACUUCUUCUACCUCCUCCUCUUCCUCUAGUUCAAUGAUGGACCCUCUGAGCAGUGUGUUGGAUGGCACUGAUCCCUUGUCAUUGUUUGCAGCAGCUGCAGAUCCUGUGACUACUGCUCCUCCCAUGGAUGGUGCACGAAGGAAACGGGAUAAAGAUGAGAGCUCAGCAGUAGGAAGUGACUUUGAACCAUGGUCAAGCAAACGUGGUGAAAUCCUUGCUAGAUACACAACAACAGAGAAGCUUUCUAUUAAUCUGUACAUGGGAUCUGAGAAAGGAAAAGCCACCACUGUUGGUUCAGCAGUUUCUGAAAAAGUGAGGACAAGGUUAGAAGAACUGGAUGAUCUGGAAGAGGGAUCACAGAAAGAGCUGUUGAAUUUGACUCAGCAGGAUUACAUGAACCGAAUUGAAGAACUGAACCAGUCUUUAAAGGAUGCAUGGUCCUCUGAUCAAAAAGUAAAAGCUCUGAAAAUAGUCAUCCAGUGUUCUAAGCUUCUUUCAGACACAACAGUAAUCCAGUUUUAUCCAAGUAAAUUUGUUUUAAUUACAGAUAUCCUUGAUACUUUUGGGAAACUGGUGUAUGAAAGAAUUCUGUCAAUGUGUGUGGAUAACCGAGUCUCUCUGCCAGAUAACUUUUCUCCAGAGAGUGUUAACGAUACAGCUAAAGAAACUUGCUUAAACUGGUUUUUCAAGAUUGCUUCAAUCAGAGAACUUAUUCCCAGAUUUUACGUGGAAGCAGCAAUACUGAAGUGCAAUAAAUUCCUAUCCAAAACGGGCAUUUCGGAAUGUCUCCCACGGUUAACAUCUAUGAUUAGAGGAAUUGGAGAUCCACUGGUUGCAGUCUAUGCCAGAGCAUACCUUUGCAGGGUUGGGAUGGAAGUGGCACCACAACUCAAAGAAAGCCUGAAUAAAAACUUUUUUGACUUUCUCCUAACAUUUAAACAGAUUCAUGGGGAUACAGUUCAGAACCAGCUGGUGGUGCAAUGUGUGGAGAUCCCUUUGUAUUUGACCCUAUAUUCUCCUGCUAUAGACUGGAUUUUACAGUGUAUUGCAUACCAUGCUCCAGAUGUUCUGCUUACUGAGAUGAUGGAGAGAUGCAAAAAGUUGGGGAACAAUGCUUUGCUGUUGAAUUCAGUAAUGUCGGCGUUCAGAGCAGAGUUUAUCGCUGCCAGAUCAAUGGACUUCAUUGGCAUGAUUAAAGAGUGUGAUGAGUCUGGAUUCCCAAAGCAUCUCCUCUUUCGCUCCCUGGGAUUAAACUUGGCAUUGGCUGAUCCUCCUGAAAAUGAUCGCCUUCAAAUAUUAAAUGAAGCCUGGAAGGUUAUAACAAAGCUGAAGAAUCCACAGGAUUACAUCAACUGUGCUGAAGUGUGGGUGGAGUAUACCUGCAGACAUUUUACGAAGCGAGAGGUCAAUACAGUUCUGGCUGAUGUUAUCAAACACAUGACUCCUGAUCGAGCAUUUGAAGAUGCUUACCCACAGCUGCAGUCAAUUAUUCAGAAAGUUAUCACCUAUAUCUAUGACUUUGCUCUGCUUUUUUCAGUGGAGAAAUUCCUGCCAUUUCUGGAUAUGUUCCAGAAGGAAAGUGUGAGAGUGGAGGUUUGCAAGUGCAUUAUGGAAUCUUUUAUUAAGCAUCAGCAGGAGUCGACGAAGGAUCCUGUUAUCCUCAAUGCUCUCCUGCAUAUCUGUAAGACGAUGCACGAUUCUGUGAAUGCACUAACACUUGAGGAUGAGAAAAGAAUGUUAGCAGCUCUGAUAAAUGGAUUCAUAAAAAUGGUUUCAUUUGGCCGUGACUUUGAACAACAGCUGAGUUUCUAUGUCGAAGCCAGGUCAAUGUUCUGCAAUCUGGAGCCUGUUCUAGUCCAGCUGAUUCAUUCUGUGAACCAACUUGCAAUGGAAACCAGAAGGGUGAUGAAAGGAAAUCAUUCCAGAAAGACUGCUGCAUUUGUCAGGGCUUGUGUUGCCUUCUGCUUCAUUACAAUUCCAUCUCUGAGCAGUGUCUUCACACGUCUUAAUCUGUAUCUACACUCUGGACAGGUUGCUCUGGCAAAUCAGUGCCUUUCACAAGCUGAUGCUUUUUUCAAAGCUGCAGUGAGCCUUGUUCCUGAAGUGCCAAAAAUGAUCAGUGUAGAUGGAAAGAUGCGACCUUCUGAUGCCUUCCUCCUGGAAUUCCUGUGUAAUUUCUUUUCCACAUUAUUAGUUGUUCCGGACCAUCCAGAACAAGGAGUGUUGUUUCUUGUGAGAGGAUUACUGAAUGUGAUCCAGGAUUACACCUGGGAGGAUAACAGCGAUGACAAAGUCAGGAUUUAUACUAAUGUUUUGCAUCUGCUGUCUGCAAUGACUCAAGAAGCAUUUAUCUACCAUGUAGAUAAAGUUGAUUCCAAUGAUACUCUGUAUGGUGGAGACUCCAAGUUCCUGGCUGAAAUUAAUAAACUGAGUGAAACAGUGGUGUCACAGAUCCUGGAUCACCUGAAAACCCUGGGAAAGGAGGAGACCCUGAAGCGGCAGAGCCAGCUGGCACUCUUUUUCUUUAACACCAUUCUGGCUCAUGGAGACCUACGAAACAACAGACUGAACCAGCUUUCAGUCAAUCUCUGGAACCUUGCUCAGAAGCAUGGCUUUGCUGACACCAAGACUAUGGUGAAAACCCUGGAAUACAUCAAGAGGAGGAGCAAACAACCUGAAAUGAGUCAUUUCACAGACUUGGCCCUCCGGCUUCCUCUGCAGUCCAGGACCUGAUGAGUGCCUCUUCCAAGGAGUCACCUACACAAGGGAGCAUGGAACCAAGGCCAAAAAUCACUGAUCUACAUUCUCACUGCAGGAGUUCAGUGUAUUUUUAUUUUCCUUACUGAGACAAAUUUACAUGGGCACAGCAAAGGUAAAACUGUUCUGAGUGCAAUAAUUUAACCUGAGUUUCUGUAUCCAGUUUUACCAUAGUAUUGUUAUUUUAAAUGCUGAUUUACAUUCAGUAAACAGUAUCUUGAACCUCUAGGGUUGCAAAAGCCUUUUGAGAUCUAAUCUGUUGUAAUUUUAACAAAAAAGGAAGAUAAUCUGUACAAAUGAUUUCACAGCCUCAAAACUUCAUCCCUCUUGCAGAAUGGUCAUUCUCCUGUGCAGAAAGCAGCAUUUCCAUAGAACAGUCAGAGUGAGUUGUGCCUCUGCUUUGGGAUGCUGCCAGCAUUUGCCUGGCUGGUUCCAGUAGCAGAGAAAAAUGGCUGAAGUGUUACUGUUCAAUUUCUACAAUACAUUUACACAGACAUGUUUAUGUUUUCAUUUUAGUCCAGUGAUGUUUUGUAAAAUAGAAGGAAUCUUUAAGCCUUGCAAAGGAAAAUGGAAAUUAUGCAAAGUCCUCUAUAUUUGCAAAGUACACUAUCACUAAAUAAAACAAUUUGCAGUUCA